UUGACGCAGGAGUUGCCCUGGUGACCUGCGUAAUAGAGAGCGGGACUUUGAUUUCAGAUUUAUCCUGAACACUAAAAGUUUUGUGCAUUUCAACAGCUGUUUCUUUCUGUUGACCAGACAUGGCCCUACACGUUGAAGCAGAUUUACCACCUGGAGCUGCAUGUCUGAAAAAUGUGGAUGCCCUUCUUCGCUGUCCUAUUUGCUUUGACUUCCUCAACAUUUCAAUGAUGACUAAAUGCUCUCACAACUUUUGCUCCUUAUGCAUCAGGAAAUGUCUUUGCUAUAAGAUGCAGUGUCCUGUUUGCAAUGCACAAGCAACAGAACAAGAUCUAAGAACCAACCGUUUAUUGGACGAGCUGGUUGUUAACUUCCAUGCUGUAAGGCAGCAGUUGUCAAAAGCAAAUUUUGACUCUCCUCCAAUAUCCCAAAAGACCCCAGCUUCAGCUGUCAAAUGCAGCACUCCCAGAGAGAGAGUCCAGAAUUGUAAGAGUACUGUUUUGAGUAACUUUUUCCACAAGAGGCCUAAAACAUCUCCUGCCAAAGAAACCCGGCAAGGUGAUUGUGAUUCUCAGUCAACUCGGCGGGGGAAAACACAGACUGUACGCGCCGACAAUGCAAAUUAUGCUGUCCCACAUUCAGCAAAUGCACAACUUCCAGUGGUUGUGAAGGAAGAGCCGAAUGAUGAUGAGGAUGAGUCAUCUUUCCAGCACCUGAUGUCAGUCAAACAGGAGGCUGCUGUCUCAUACAGUAUCAGCACCGGGGAUGAGACCGCGCAUUCCUCGUCACUAUUAAAAGACGUAAAGCCCGUAAUCAAAGUGGAGUGCCCUGUGUGUUCAAUAAGUGUGCCUCAACAGUUUGUCAACAAGCAUCUGGACACAUGUCUUACCAGAGGAGAGAGGAAGGAAAGCAUGAGGAGCUCUGUAUGCAGCACGAGACGUCCAAUGGUGAAGGUUGUAUACAACCUGCUGUCCAUGCAGGAGCUGAGGAGGAGGCUGAAGGAGGGCCAUCUCUCAGUGCGGGGUUCUCGAGACCAGCUGAUCAAAAGACACCAGGAGUUUGUCCAGAUAUACAAUGCCCAGUGCGAUUCCCUAAACCCAAAAUCAGCUGAAGAUAUUGCCAAAGAUGUGGAGGCCAAUGAGAAGAUAAGGAAUCAACUGCGGACUAAAACCAAACCUGUCAUGGUUUUCUCAAAGAAUCCGUCUGAGAAGGAGAUUGAUGGCGUGCAUUCAAGUUACAGGAAGCGGCACAGCAGUGACUUUUCACGCCUGAUUGCUCAGGUUCGGGGUCGCCUAGAGACCACCAGGCAGACUCCUAUCAAACAGGAAGUCAUUGUGGAUGAGGAAGAGGAUGCACAGGGAAAAAAGGCUGCAGAAUCAAUAAAUGGCUCAGUGGUGCAAGUAGAAGACGGAGAAUCUGACGAGGUGCCAUCGGCAAGAGGAAUGGAAUGUCCAUCCAGCCCCACCCAUAGUGAUGUGUCCAUCAGCAGUUCCAUCUCAGACAUCUUUGGUCCAGAGCCUGUCAGAAACCCUCAAGGCACGGAGAGGACAACAGGACAAAAGAGAGCGUCAAUCACGAGAGAAGACGAUGCAGCAUCAUCGCUCGUCAGUGGAAAACGACGGCGGAAAACGACGAUGUAAAAAAGGUCAAAAGACUGAAAUUCAAGCAAAUCAUGAAGCGAUCUGUGUGCACUUUAUGAUCUUUCUGGUUCCGGCAUUUCAUUGUUUGUAACUUUCUGAAGUUGCGUUGCUUACAUCCUUUUAUGGUAUUAUCAAAUGUUUAGUAUUUUAGAAUCCUUUGUGGUCUUGUCAUACAUGAUGAGCUGUGGCCUUCAGAAUAUCGUCAGUUAAAAUCAUGCAUGUUUAAAAUCGGAAACAUUUUAAAAUUUUGUUUCCUAUUAGACAUUAGCAGGUUAUAUGUUUCCUAUUAGACAUUAGCAGGUUAUAUGUUUCAUAUUAGACAUUAGCAGGUUAUAUGUUUCAUAUUAGACAUUAGCAGGUUAUAUGUUUCCUAUUAGACAUUAGCAGGUUAUAUGUUUCCUAUUAGACAUUAGCAGGUUAUAUGUUUCCUAUUAGACAUUAGCAGGUUAUAUGUUUAAUAGUAGACAUUAGCAGGUUAUAUGUUUAAUAGUAGACAUUAGCAGGUUAUAUGUUUAAUAGUAGACAUUAGCAGGUUAUAUGUUUAAUAGUAGAUAUUAGCAGGUUAUAUGUCUAUAGUUCCUACUUAUAGCCCGUGUUAGUCGAUAUUUAGUUUUAUCUUGCUGCUCGCAAUUGUUACCCACACAGAUUUUUAAAUAUUUGUUACUUGUUUCUUAACUAUUUUCUUAACAUGUCUCUAUUCAUUACUUGUUUUAAGGUCCAGUGUAAUAUGGAGUUUAUUCUGAA